UGAACAGGAAGUGACAUCACGGCAUGUGCUUCAUCACGCCGCCUGUUGUGACUCGAGGCCUUUGCACGCCGUGUCAGCUGCUGGAAAGUAAACACCACCUGGUGUUUUGUCGGCUUCCUGAUUUUCUUUUUUUCUGUCUGAGGAGUUCAGACGAGGUGAACUUUAAAUUUUGGUCUGUUUCGUUGAAGCAGCGUUUGGUCUUACGAAGCGAGCGGUGUGUCGGUUACCUGCAGAACAAGCACGCAGACGUCAUCAUUUCAGUCAUCGUCAUGCAGGGCGAGUGCAGGCUCCGACCUUUGACCUUCCACCUGUCAUUAGUCAUUAAAUGCAGCUUUUAAAGCAGUUGUAAAGUUUCUGUGUUGCUGCUGUGUUCGGCCGUCCUUCAUGUCAUCAGGCUUCAUGAAGAAAAGCUGCAGCUGCUGCUAAAUUCAGGUGUUUUGUGCUGCGAAGCCUCCGUCCGCAGCCUGCAGCCUGCUUCGUGACGUCACCGUAUUUUCAUCCGUAUGACAUAAAAACAGCGGCGGCGGCGAGCAGCUAAUCAUCAACACAGACGUCUUUCAUCGACGAGACUUCCAGUCCACUCAAUGAGUCACUUCCUGAAAAGUGACAAAUAUUUCCCAUAAUUCUGAGUCUCUCUCUCUCUCUGUCUCUCUCAGUCUCUGUCUCUGUCUGUCUCUCAGUGAUCAUGGCUGCAGUCGGAGCAGAGGUCGCCUGGUUGUGGUUCCUGUCGCCGGGAGUCAGUUUCUUCAUCUUCCUCCUCCUCCUCUCCGUCUUCCUCACAGCUCUCUGCAGCGACUGCAGGAGACGUUCGUUUGAGCUGCGAGAAUCUGAGGUGGACAAAAAUCCUUCCACUCUCAUCAGCGUGGUGAAGCUGGAGGAAGCCAUGGGGCCGAGAGAGAAUCCGACGAUCAGCGAGAUCCAAACCGAUGAAGAUGAGAACAUGGUCACCUUCACUCCGUGGAGGAGCCACUUGGUGGCGCCACAACACCACCAAGAUGUUAAGACCAAUGGCAGCGCACCAGUGAUGAGAUCAAGUGAAUCGGACACUGCUGAAGAGGAAAACUCCGUCCCGUUCACUCCGUGGAGGAGCCACCUGAGGGCGCCACAGAGCCAAGAUCUGAACAGCUUCGCCCUCCCAGACUCCGACCACAUCUACCACAUCAUCGGAGGAGGGCGGAGCAGCAGCGGCGGUGAUGCUGAUGUGUCGUCAGCACCGACCAAUCAGGAGCCAGCGGAGGAGCGCGGCCCCCGCUCUGCAGCGGCGGCGGAUUUGAGCGACGAUGACUUCAACUUAUUGUAUGCACAAAUCAGCAAGAAGGAGAGACUGACCACGCCCCCUCCUCCUCCUCCUCCACCUGUACAGGAGGAGGAGGAGGAGGAGGAAGAGGAGGAGCCCUCUCCUCCACUGCCUGACAGGAGGACACAGCUGGAGGGAUGAUGAUGAUGAAGGACAUGAGAUAAAGUCUGACAGGAUGUUACAGCCGUUACAAAAGAUCAAAGAUGGACAACAAGACAAGAAGAAGUCCACACAAAUGUUUAGCUCAGAAACUGUUAUACACAAACAUAUUGAUCGUUUUCCAAUCGUUCACUAAGUUAUUGACUGAACUGCCUUCAUGACUCUGCUGAAGACAAACGUCCUCUGCUGUGAUCUCCGUCUCCAAACACGUCAGCAGCAAACCUGAGGAGCAUCGGUGUCCUCAGUGCGUCCAGCGGCAGCCUGCUCACCACAUUCUGGGACGUUUCCAGUCGUAUCAAGUGAUGAAGAGGAUGUGAUCUUCCUCUUCAGCUGCUGGACAAACACGUCAUGUCCUUCACUGUGGUGAAGCAGUGUGUCAGUGGACUGAGUCCAUGUCUUAAAGCUGUUGGACAGUUCUUUGAUUAACAGGAAGCAACAAUGAAGAAUGUAUUCUCAUUGGAUGUGUAGUCAGAUUGGCUGUAAUUCACUGGAUGAUGCAGCAGAAAAGGAAGCCUUCUGAUUGGUGGACCUGCCAAGUGGGUCGGUCCAUCCACAGCGACUCAGUAACUGGUUUCUACCCACCUCACCCCUGCUGUCUCCUCACUGUGUGUAAACCAGGUCUCUGCUGUGCAGCAGUUUACUCUCUGAGCCUGUUCACACCUGGUGGUAACAUGCCUCCCAGGUGAGCCAAUCACACGUGGACAUGCAGCUCUGAGUACGUCAGUUCACGCCUGUUGUCAUAAUGUGUAUGGCCAGGUGUGAUCAGACCUCAGCUAUGUCACUCUAAUGUAAAUAAACA